AUCAAUCAGUAUAAAACAUGACGCGAAGGAGGUUGGUUGUGAUGUUAAUUCUUGGCACAGUGGGCGUGUCAGGAGGGGGUGGAAGGCUGCUUGAUCCUCCUGGCCGUGGUUCAGAGUUCAGGGUGGGCGUACCUUCAGUGCCAGACUAUGACGACCAUCGACUGAACUGCGGAGGCGUAUUCAGACAAUGGGAUAAAUGGGGAGGAAGGUGUGGUACUUGUGGAGAUGACUAUGGGCUUAAAGUACCACGCCCCCACGAGUUGGGUGGGAGGUUUGGUUCUGGAAGGAUCAGUAGAAACUACACUCAAGGACAGGAGAUAGAGGUUAAGGUCCAGUUGAUUGGAAACCUUCUUGGAUACUUUACUCUUCACAUCUGUGAUCAAUCCGUCCUAUCCUCAAAUCACUCCGCCUCAUCUCAGAAUCAAUCCCUCCUGUCCUCGGAUCAAUCCGUCCCGUCCUUGGAUCAAUCCAUACUGUCCCGGAAUCAAUCCUUCCCGACCCUGGAUGAAUGUCUGGAACAAAAUCCUCUCCGGGUUCUCAGCCAACCGGAAAAAUACAGGUUCUAUCCUCCCGUCAGUGACGGUACCGAGCACCAACUCCGAUAUCUUCUACCACCAGGAUUGCAUUGUCAUCAUUGUGUUCUCCAGUGGAGAUAUAGGACAGGACGAACCUGGGAGAUGAGUCAGGACGGCAAAACCCAUAGCGAAGAGUUCAGAGCCUGCUCCGAUAUAGCUAUAUAUGCAGUUCAGCCUGUUGUACAUAUAGAUCAGCCUGUACAUGAAGCAGUGAAAGAAGUUGUUGUACAUCCAAGGAUAGAACAUUUCUUUGAGCGGCAGGAUAAAGUUGAUUCGGAACAGAACCCUCUCUACUCUAUCACAAGACCUAGAGAAUUUAGUCCUAGUUCGAAUUUUUCUGUUUCUCCUGGAGGCAAGGAGAACACCAACAAUUUUAAUUUUGAGUCAAGUUCUACUCCUUCAGUUAUAUCCUCACAUCUCGAGAAAAAGAUUCUACUGAAAAGAACAAAUAAGAUAAAAUAUCCAGAGUUAACAACAUAUAAAACAACAAUUAGCACAACAGACUCCACUUCAACAACACUAAAUCCAACAUUAAGAAGUUCAACAAAAUCCACUCCAAGAUCUUUAAACCAGACAACGUCAGUUUCAACAACGAUAUUAACAUCACCCAUCACAGAAGAAUAUCCAGCAACAGCCAAAUCAUUAUCCAUAUUAGUUUCAGUGAUAACAGAAAGUACCUCAUUCAAUACUCAAUCGUUAGAAAUUACAGAAGAGUUAGAAACAAAAACGACUAGAGGUUCAUCUACAGUUGGUCCAUCAUUAACAACUGAACCUGAAAAUAAAACCCGUUCUUUUCAGUCAUCUGAGGAACCGGAGAUGUUUCAAACCCGUCCUGUCGAGUUUUACUCCAAAGAGAGUUUACUCCUGGAUUUAAGUAGGAGUGAGGACGGGUUCAAGUAUAUUUACAGCUCCAGGUCUACAGUAGGACUGGGGAUGUUUCUCAGUAUCCCUGUAACAUUCAUCUUCUUCUUUAUAGGGUUCCUUCUCUACGUGAGAAAGUCUUCCCCCGUCCCUGAUGUAGAGAAGAAAGAUAAUUACUACUCACAACCUCGACUAAACGGUCAUGGAGGCUCAGCUCCGGCAAUUUAUCAUAGUGUUUCUUUCACAGAGCCCGGUGAAACCAGCUCUGAGCCGUAUCCGUCCUACUCCGAGCCCCUUCCAAUAGACUAUGCAAUCCCUGAUAUAGUUUCUGCGUCUAUGAAACCCAACUCUCUGGAUGACUUGUCACAAGAGGACGAAACCUCGUUAUCCCCAGAAGAGACAGGCAUAGGACGGAGUAGAUUUGUUAGGAAUGCCCAGAAGAGGCGGAGCGGGAUAGGACGAAGAUGGUUGAGCGAGGACGGGGAGAAUGAAGAAUCUUUGUUCUCCGUGCUAGCAGCAAGGCUUGCCAGAAAACAGAGUAGACCGGAGAUUACAGAACUUUAGUUAAGUUUGAAUCAGUUAACCUCUGAUGAAUGUAUGUACAAACCAUUGCGCUGUAAAAAUUAACCAUUCCUCAAAAGAACAUUAAGAUGUAAGCUGUAAAUUUAAUCAGUAUCUAAUUAAACAUUUAAACGUUCAGUUGUUAUCGGUAUAUCAUUGAGCUGUAAACAGUGGAUCAUUGAGAUGUAACCAGUGGAUCAUUGAGCUAAACAGUGGAUCAUUCAGUUGUAAACAGUGGAUCAUUGAGCUGUAACCAGUGGAUCAUUGAGCUAAACAGUGGAUCAUUCAGAUGUUAACAGUAGAUCAUUCAGUUGUAAACACUGGAUCAUUGAGCUGUAAACAAUGGAUCAUUGUGCUGUAAAUAGUAGAUCACUGAGCGUAAACAGUAGAUCAUUCAGCUGUAAAAAGUAGAUCAUUCAGCUUUAGACAGUGUAUGAUUCAGCUGUAUA